ACCAUUAUUUCAAGAUUUCAAAAGUGAAUCUCUGAACAUUUUAAGAUGUCAGAGGAAGACACACCACCACCAGAGAGAGAUGUUAAGGAUUAUAAAUUCCAGCAGUUAUGCAGAGUUAGGAUAAGUGAAAGUCCAUCAGAUUUAUCAAAGCAGAAAUCAAGAUUGGUUGCCUGUUCAUCACGAUAUGGACUUGCCUUUGUUGGCUAUGAUACAGGUUUUAAGGUCAUUAGACCUGCAGAGCUUAGUAAGAUUGACCAAGACAAUGCUAAAGACCGGAUGACAGUGAUUAUAGACAGUUUCCCUGUGGUUGCUGAUGUCAAAGUAUCUGGAGUUGUAUCAUGUAUUGCCCUCAAUGCUGAUGAAUUGACCUUGGCUGUGGUGGUUACCAAGGAUGAUCUAGUCCAGGCCUAUAUCUAUGAUGUUCGAGCAUUUGUUGAUGUGGUAAUCACACCUGUCCAAAGCUUUAUGACGGUUCGGUUGACCAAGGGCGGGGACACAAGAUUUGAGGACUUGGCUUGGAACCCAGUCCAGACAAACACACUUGUGACUGUACAGACUGAUGGUGGUAUAAGGCUGUAUGAUAUUUCUGACAAACUUGUCGUCGUGGCCACUAUACCAACGUCCUCUGCCAACUGUGUGUGCUGGAGUCCACGGGGUAAACAGCUAGUUGUUGGUACAACAGAUGGCAAAUUGAUACAAUAUGACCAGGAGCUGAAGAAGAAACGGGAAUGGGCAUGUCCUUCUGUGCUGACAAGGGGCAAUUACAAAGUUGUUGGUGUUAUUUGGCUGUCCACAUUUGAGUUCCUGACAGCAUUUAUCCCAGACGAUGCUGAGCCAAGUGACCAGCCAGACAUUGUCCUCAUUAGGGGAUCUAAAGAAGGACCAAUCAGCUACCAGAAUUUUGAAGACCCUUGCUUUGGAAAUGGUGAGGAGCGGGAGAGAAGGGUAUUGUUUCAACAUCUGCCAAAAUGGGACAUGCUGCUUGCCUGUUCAAGCAAUGCCUGUGAGAUAUCAGUUCUUGGGAAACAUCAGAGUGAACAAAAGAGUGACUGGGAGCGUUGGAACCUGGAUGAUUCUGCUCGGGCUGAGCUACCAUUGACAGACAAUCAUGAUGACACUUUUCCAAUGGGUCUGGCAAUUGACUACUCUUCCCAGGUCCCAAUAUCACUAGGUGAAGGAAGCCAUCCACCAUCCCCCAUCCUCUUGCUACUAUCAACAGAUGGAGUCCUGGUGCCCUACUACAUGAUGAAUAUGUACAAUGGAGCAGCUGUUCUAACAGAGUCCCCAAAAACGCUCACUACAGCAGGGAUCAGGAAACCUACAGGGUUAGAGACAGAUGCUGCAGGAAUCCCAAGCAGCCCAAAAAGUGUCAGUGGACCUCCCACUGGAUUUUCUGGUACUGGAACAGGGCUAUCUACAGGAUUGGCCACAGGACUAGCCACAGGUCCAAGUUUCCAGUUUGUCAACCCAAACAAAACAGCUACUUCAAAGACUGAUGCUUCAACUUUUGGAAGCCCUAUGACCUCCACACCAUCACUUCUUGGCAGUGGCUCUACAGCUUCAGUUGGAAGUGGUGAAUCUUUUGCUGGAUUUACUACAUCAAAAGUCAACACAACAAGCACAAAUAUCACAUCCUCAAUUACUUCAGUAUCCAGCUUCAGUUUUUCACAAGGCACUUCGUCGACAAAGGCUUCUACUUUCAGCUUCAGUGGAUCGCUAGGAUCUCAAUCCCAAUCUACUGCAUCUUCUGGGUUCAACUUUGGGGUCAGUUCUGCACCAAGUGCUGGAUCUGCAGUAUUUAGUUUUCAGACAUCUUCAGGUGGUCCAACAUCUGUGUUUGGUAUGCCAAGUACAACCAGUGAUAGCAAGUCAACUAAUUCAUUUGGAGUAGCAGCAGGCAUUGUUAGUACUGUAACCAACCCAGGCACUGCCACAGCCCCAGCAGCAACUUUUGGAUUUAGUUCUACUGCAGCAAAGCCAACUGUCAGUGCUAAUACAUCUGGCCAGAUAUCAUCCGCAACUUCCAAAACUGCUGGGGCAAAAUUUGUCAAUGUUGAAAACAGGGGUGCUAUGAUCCCUCCAAAUGUACAGUUGUCUGGUGGAACACGUCCAGAAAGACCAGAGCAGCAACCAUCUGCUUUUAAAGGCUUUGUAACAUCCAGCCUAGGCUCAUCAACUGUCACAACACCUCAGUCAACUUCAGGGUUUAAAGGAUUUGUCAAUCCUCAAUCUCCACAUUCUAGUGGUAUCGCUACAGCUUUGACUAGACAAGCAACUGGUGUGAUCCCGUCUGGUUCAUCUCAGUUUAGAGGCAAGACUCCAACCACUGCCAUUGCCAAGGCUCCUGCGUCCAGUGCUUCAAUCCCCUCCACACCUCAAACUGCACCUGUUCAAUCUUUCGAAAAAGUUCCUGACAACAAACCAGCCCCUGUACAAGCAGGUGAGAUACCCAGAUCCGGGGGCUCUGAAGACACUUUCACCAAGGGUAUCAUGGAGGAGUUAGCUCACUUUGAAGAGGAGAUGUCAGAGUUUCGGGCACAGACAUGUCACAGUGGUGUCCUGGUUGGCACACGAUCAGAGAUGCACCAGCUGAGAGGAAAAGUUGAGGAACUGACCAACUUUUCAGCAGAGAUUAUAACUACAACUAAGGACCAGACAAAGGAAGUGGAUGAACAGAAGUCACUCUGUCUUGAGCUGUUUGCCAUGGUAGAAGAGUGCCGCUUACGUGAGAGUCGCAAUACUGACAACAAGUACAUGCACCUGCUUAAGGCAAGGGCCCUGGACCCUGCCAGUCUGGACCACCUCCGUCAGCUGCAGCAACAGUACCAGGUGCUUGAUCAGGGCCUCAGAGAUGUGGAUGCCAUCUUGGAUCAACAAUGGAUGGAACAUCAGAAUAGGGAUAGGAACAGAAACAAGAUUAAGGCACCGACAACAGAUGUGUUGUACCGUGUCCUGAAGAGUAACAGUUCACUGAUCCGUAACCAAAAGACAAACCUCAACAACCUGGAAAAAAAGCUGAAGGAACUUAAACUGUACAAUAAAACCUCAUCUUGGCAACACUCCAAUUCUUCUAAUAACGACUCCAGGGAUGUGGAACUGUCUACGCUAGCAGAUAGUCUUCUGGAGAGUGAUAAUAAUACAGCCCCCGCUUUGUCAUCAACACAAAUCAACAGUAAAGCUCCAAGUCCAGAAAAACAAGCAAGGCUUCGUGAACACUUAGCCAGACGUGUUGUACCAAAAAUCAAGUCAACAAGACCAGAGAAUUUGUCUAUUUCCCGUAUAGCUACAGUAGACAGGCGUAGAUAUGAUCUUGAAGAGACUGUUGUGGCCCAUGCACCAGAACAAACCUUUCAAACAAAUACAGGUGAGAGGGGAUCCACCCGAUUUGGCCUGUCUUUCAAACAACCAACAGGAAGUGCAACUUCUGGUAUCGUGAAUGCAGCAGGAAAUGUUGGAAGUCAGAAGUUCAAACCAGCCCUAUCAACUGGUCAGAGCAAGAAUUCUUUGGCCAUAAACAGACAGUCUGGAAUAUGGGAUAUCAGCAGGCAAAAUAUGCCCCCUCCCAGUGGUCCUAGCAGCCUUCCAUCCAAAUACAUGAUCAACGCUCCUUCAGCUGUCCCAGAGGGAUUGAAGAACCUUGGGCAUAUUGUUGUGGAGGAUAUAACUCCACCUUCCUCCACAGGCUAUGAAGAGGAAGAUGAAGACGAUGAGGAUGAAGAUGAUGAGGAAGACACAUAUGAUGAUGAUGACUAUGAAGAAGAGGAAGAUGAGAAUGGCUUUGGACCACAGUAUACCAUGACGGGACAUGAUGAUUUAGCAGAUAAAGGUCAAAUCAAUGCAUUCACACCAAAGACAGGUGGAUUUAAUAUUGCUCAGGGAUCUGGAAACCUUAACAAAAACCUGUUUGGAUCCCCUGUAACCACCAAGUCUGUCCGUCCAUCAGGAGCAGCCAUCUCUAGUGUUAUUACUACGACAGCUAGUUCCUUGGUGGCAACUUUUGGUACCAAACCAGGAGAAUUCAGUUUUGGUGGAGGAACACAGUCCAAGACCUCUUUUGCCUUUGCUGCUAAUGCUGGUGGGCCUUCAUUUGCUUUUGGUGCAACAUCAAAAGCAGAAACUGGGGUCAAGACACCAGAAGUAGCAUCAAUCAGUAAGACCAAGGCUGACCACUCAGCUUUUUCUGUCUCUAGCACAAAAUCUUCAUCCAUAACAGGUUCUACAGCAACAGCUUUCAGCUUUGGAGGACAUACAGCUAAAACUACAGACCAAUCUAUUCAGGAACUAUCAUCUGUCAAUCCUCUGUUGUUUGAAGCCUUGUCUGAGGAGGAACCUACCAACAAAGAACCAUCUGGUGGCCAGGCAGUAUCAGGAUUUUCAUUCACAAAGCCUGUACAGCAGUCCAGUGCACCAGAAAUUGGUGUUUCUAAACAAGAAUCAGGAGGCAGUCAAGAAUCUACAAAAGUGUUUGGACAGUCAACAUCAAUUGGAGGCAGUCUGUUCCGAGUCCAAACCUCUGCUGCUUUGAGCACUGGUGGCAGCAGUGCAGCAUCCAAAACCGUCACUGAAACAACAGGUGUUCUUCCUGCUCCUGUCUCCAAGGUAGAAUCCUCUUUUUCAGGCUUUGGUGUGAGUACUUCAGCUCCUGUUUUCGGACAAAAGAGUAUAGCAGUGACCGGUUCCACAACCACAGCUGCAGGUGAUGGCCUGUUAGUAAACCCUGCGGUAACUGUAUCUACAGCAUCUACACCAGUAAACCCUUCAGUAACUGCAUCUGCAGUGUCCACACCUACAGUAUCUACACCAGUUGGUGGCAAUGUGCUUGGAAAUGCUGCAUCAGAAGGUGUAUCUCAAGUCUCAAGUUCCACUUCUACCAAAAGUGCUAGCAUUGGAUUAUUUGGAAAAACAGAAGCUGGGAUAGAGGUGACCAGUCCUGAGCCAGAUCCUAAACCAUCAGAAGGUGUAUCCAGUCAGUCAGAAAUAUCAGUAAGUGCAUUUGGUCAGCCAGCAACAGCAGCCACUGGCCUGUUUGGAAAGCUAGCCACAUCAAGCACUGGAGGCCUAUUUGGAACAGUUCCCACCACUUCCAGUACAGGCGGGUUGCUUGGAACAGUAACCUCUGCAGCAAGUGCAGGGGGUUUGUUUGGAUCAGUGACCACUACAGCCAGUACAGGGGGUUUGUUUGGAUCAGUGACCACCACAGCCAGUACAGGAGGUUUGUUUGGAUCAGUGACUACCACAGCCAGUACAGGGGGUUUGUUUGGAACAUCUACCUCCACCACCAGUACAGGAGGUUUGUUUGGAACAAAUACCUCCACAGCCAGUACAGGGGGUUUGUUUGGAACAGCAACAUCCACCACCAAUAACGGGGGGUUGUUUGGAACAUCUACCUCCACCACCAGUACAGGUUUGUUUGGAACAGCAACAUCCACCACCAAUAACGGGGGGUUGUUUGGAACAGCAACCUCCACCACCAGUACAGGAGGUUUGUUUGGAACAAAUACCUCCACAGCCAGUACAGGGGGUUUGUUUGGAACAGGACCAUCCACCACCACUUCAAAAGUUGGCGGAAGUUUAUUUGGAGCAACAUCUACCACUUCAGCUACUUCCUCUUUUGUUGGUUCUGCCACCACAACUCCUACUACAACACCUUCUUUGUUUGGAGGAACAGCUGCAUCAACAUCAGCAUCUUCAGGAUUUGGCGCUGCAACUACUAUGUCUACAUCCUUAUUUGGAGGGGCUUCUGCUUCUCAGCCCAUAUUUGGUAGCGCACCAACAUCAACCACAUCAUCUACAUCAUUAUUUGGGAGUACAUCUAAAAGUACAUCCUCUGGAUUUGGAGGGUUUACUAGUCCUAGCUUUGGCCAAAAUACUGCAUUUUCACAGUCCAACCAAAGCAGUACAUUGUUUGGUCAAGCAACAACUACUCAAGCUGGAUUUGGCCAAACACCAAGUCAGUCCCCAUUCAGCCAGACACAGUCUAGCUCUCAGAGUCAAGCAUCUGGAGAUGGUGGUUUGUUUAGUGGACUUGGAGGGCAACCAAGUGCUGAAAAGGCUAAUACCAAUGUAUUUGGUUCACCCUCUGCCUUUGGAACCUCUGCCACACCUGGUUCAGCAUCACUGUUUGGCAACCAGAAGUCUACAGGAUUCGGUAAUAGUGGGUCAGGUACUACCUCGGCGUCAGGUGGAGCAUUCUCUGGGGGAUUCUCAAUGGGAGGAACAGGAGUAGGAUCGACUGGAUUUGGGGUCAGCCAGCCCCAGGGGCAAGGCGGUUUUGGAGGAGCGCCAGCAUUUGGGGGCAGUCCGACAUUUGGAAGUGCUCUUGGAGGUUUUGGUAGUCCACCAGCCUUUGGUAGUGGAGCAACUUUUGGUAGUGGAGCCACCUUUUCUAGUCCUGCAUCCACUGCUAGUUCUAGUGCAGGAGGCUCGGGAUUUGCAGGAUUUGCCAGUUCUAACAGCCCUACAUUUGGAAGUCUAGCAGGAUCCUCUGAUACACCGUCCUUUGGUGCCCUAGGUGGAGGAGGGGGAGGAGGAUUCGGUUCUCCAGGAUUUGGAGGAGGUAGUCCAGGAUUUGGGUCGACACCUUCUCAAGGAUUUGGAAACGCUGGUGCAGGGAACAGUUCAUUUGGGUCCAAUCCCGCAUUUUCUGGAUACAGAUAAUGAGUACUUCAAGACUGUCAAAUCUAGACAAGGCGUCUUUAACAUCUAUAGACCAAGGGGUUUUAGUCGCAUCUCAACAGAGUGUUGCUGUAUGUAAUUGGGACUUCAAAAAUACUGUUACAAGACCAUAAGUUACCAGAUUUUGUAGAAUUUCAGUUUGAUUGUUGCUGAUGAGAAGAUUUUUAUGGCUUGAAAUUUAUUUGCUUUGUACAAUAAUAAUAAAUAUCUCCCCAAAAAAUAUGGCAGGUGAUUUUUACAACAAAGGUAGUGAUAGGUGUCUUGAGUAACUAAUGCUGUGUUUUCAUGUUCUGUUUAUGUAUACAAUAAGAAUGUGUGAAGGAACAUGUAUUAAACAAGUCUAAGGCUGCUUGUUUAUAGAAAUAAUAUCAGUUGUAACAAACUUGAACAUUUUAAAAGACCUCAAAAUAGACUCAUGAGAGAGCAAAUCCUCCAUAAAAACCAGUUCUUUUGUUACAUAGAUUUUUUUUUCUUGAAAAUAUAUCAUGUAUAUUUUUUUUUUCGUGUCAGAAAUGAUAAAAAGAUUUUUAAAUAUCACUUUUGUUUUCCCUCCUUUCAGGUUAUUUAAUUGUACAAAAAGCUGCAUUUUACUUUUUUUUGUCCUAAUACAAAGGGACUUCAACUCUGCU